AGCAAUCGAAUUGUAGGAAACAAGUUUGACGUAAGUCAGUGAGACAGGAGCGUGUUGUCCUCAGAAAUUCUAACCGGAAACGCGCUUCUCGUAGCGGCUAACCCACCUAGCUUGACCGUAGCGCUCCACAACAUUAGCCGUCGGGCGUCGUCGGUGUCGAGUUCAAUGAUCUGAACGGGUACAAGUCAGUCGGUCGGUUGUUUGAAAUCACUGGUGCUCGUCGUCCGUCCAUGGGCCUCAGGACCGGGAUGGUUCCCACCGAGGACGCGUCCGCCCGGAAGCGGGAGAUCGAGGAGAAGCUGAAGCAGGAGCAAGAGACGCUGUCGUUCAUCAGAGAGAAUCUGGAGAAGAGCGAUCAGCUGACCAACGGCAUGGUCUCCAUCCUGUCGUCGUUCGAGAGCCGCCUGAUGCAGCUGGAGAACUCCAUCAUCCCGGUGCACAAGCAGACGGAGAACCUGCAGCGACUGCAGGAGAACGUGGACAAGACGCUGUCGUGCAUGGACCACGUCAUCAGCUAUUACCACGUGGCCAAGGACACGGACCGCAUCAUCAGAGAGGGACCGACGGGCCGACUGGACGAGUACCUCGCUUGUAUUGCAAAGAUCCAGAAAGCUGUGGAAUAUUUCCAGGACAACAAUCCCGACAGCCCGGAACUUAACACAGUGAAAGCUCGUUUCGAGAAGGGGAAGGAGCUGCUGGAGGCCGAGUUCCGCAGCCUGCUGACUCGCUACAGCAAGCCCGUCCCCCCCAUCCUCAUCCUGGACGCCAUCAGCGUGGACGAGGAGCUGGAGGUGCAGGAGGACGUGGUGCUGGAGCACCUGCCCGAGGCCGUGCUCCAAGACAUCAUCUGCAUCUCGGGCUGGCUGGUGGAGUAUGGACGCAACCAGGAUUUCAUGAACGUCUACUUCCAGAUCCGCUCCAACCAGCUGGACCGAUCCAUCAAGGGCCUAAAGGAUCACUUCCGCAAGAACAGCGCCUCCUCCGGGAUCCUCUACUCGCCCGCCGUCCAGACCAAGCGCAAGGACACGCCCACCAAAAAGGCCCCGAAGAGACCAGUCUACAUCCCAGGGACCAUUCGCAAGGCUCAGAACCUUCUGAAACAGUACUCACAGCAUGGGCUGGAUGGGAAAAAGGGGGGCUCUAACCUCACUCCUUUGGAAGGUUACGAUCACGACCUGCGGGUCAAACACCCCUCAGACGCCCUGACCGAGAAGCACGGGGUUGCCGCAGGAAAAGACGACGUGCUGGACAUCGAGAUCGACUCCUACAUCCACUGCAUCAGCGCAUUCGUGAAGCUGGCUCAGAGCGAGUACGUGCUCCUGACGGAGAUCAUCCCCGAGCAUCACCAGAAGAAGACGUUCGACUCACUCAUCCAGGAGGCGCUGGACAACCUGAUGCUGGAGGGAGACAACAUCGUGUCGGCGGCCCGCCGGGCCAUAAUGCGUCACGACUACUCGGCCGUACUCACCAUCUUCCCCAUCCUGAGACACCUGAAGAUGAACAAGUCCGAGUUUGACUCCACACUGCAGGGAACGGCGGCGAGCACCAAGAACAAGCUGCCCACGCUCAUCACGUCGAUGGAGACUAUCGGAGCCAAAGCUCUGGAGGAGUUUGCCGACAGCAUCAAGAACGACCCGGACAAAGAGUACAACAUGCCCAAAGAUGGAACCGUCCACGAGCUGACCAGCAACGCCAUCCUGUUCCUGCAGCAGCUGCUGGACUUCCACGAGACGGCCGGAGCCAUGUUGGCCUCACAAGAGACGAGUUCAUCAGCCACUAGCUACACCUCGGAUUUCAACAAGCGUCUCCUCAGCACCUACAUCUGUAAAGUUCUGGGAAACCUGCAGCUGAACCUGCUCAGUAAAUCCAAAGUGUACGAGGACUCGGCGCUGAGCGCCAUCUUCCUCCACAACAACUACAACUACAUCCUCAAGUCUCUGGAGAAGUCUGAGCUGAUCCAGCUGGUGACGGUGACCCAGAAGAAAGCGGAGAAUUCCUACCGAGAGCUGAUCCAGCAGCAGAUCCACAUGUACCAGCGCAGCUGGUUGAAGGUCACGGAGCUGCUGACCGACAGGAACAUGCCCGUUUUCCAACCCGGCACCAAGCUAAAAGAUAAAGAACGACAAGUGAUUAAAGACAAAUUCAAGGGUUUUAAUGACGGACUGGACGAGUUGUGUAAGACCCAGAAGGGCUGGGCCAUCCCCGACAAGGAGCAGCGCGACUUCAUCCGCCAGGCGCAGAGGAUAGUGGUGUCGGACGCCUACCGGGCAUUUCUGCAGCGAUGUGCAAACAUCUCGUUCACCAAGAACCCGGAGAAGUAUCACAAGUAUCGGCCGGAGGAAGUGGAGGAGAUGAUCGAGAAGCUGUUCGACACGUCCGCCUGAGGGAUGUCGGCUACUCCCCGCCCCGUCGGCCUCCCCCCGCCCCGUCGGCUACUCCCCGCCCCGUCGGCCUCUCCCCGCCCUGUUGGCCACUCCCCGCCCCGUCGGCUACUCCCCGCCCCGUCGGCCCCUCCCCGCCCUGUUGGCCACUCCCCGCCCCGUCAGCCUCCCCCCGCCCCGUCGGCCACUCCCCGCCCCGUCGGCAUCUCCCCGCCCUGUUGGCCACUCCCCGCCCUGUUGGCCACUCCCCGCCCCGUCGACCUCCCCCCGCCCCGUCGACCUCUCCCCGCCGAUGAAUUGUUUUGUACAAAAGGAAUGAACGUGGUAUAUUUAUGUAAUGUAGCCGCUACAGAUUAGCAUUUCAAACAAAUAAAGGGAAAUCUGAAUUAUC